CUAUAUAUCCCCGAAGAGACGAAGCCCAUCUCCACCUCCAGCAUCCGAGCUUGAGCUUGAAAUUAACAGCGCUGGCGCUACUUCCUCUGUCUCUCUCUCUCAUGCCCCCAGUCGGCACCGCCACCUCGGCCCCAGCCCGGUCUGGCUCUCCCUCUCGGUCUUCCUUCCCCCCUCGCGGUGGCUCCCCGCUAAAGCCCCACAAUCACCCCCGCGCCCUCAAACCCACCCCCAUCUCCGCCGCCAACUCCACCACCAUCGCCACCAAGACCCACCUCUCCAACCUCGACCGCGUCCUCGUGAAGCAACCAUCAUCACAGCCGCCUCAACUCACCCAUGACGUAGGCCGGGACCACGACCCUAACAAGCCUGAUCACCUCGGCGGCGCCACUGCAGCCGGCGGUGGAGGGGGAAUUGGGCUUCUCCACGCCCUCAACCUCCCCUCCCUCUUUCCCUUUUUAAGAAAGCCGGCGGCUGACGAGAUGUCCCCCCGGAGCCUGACCCACCUCCAGCGCCUCCUCUCCAACUCACCCCGCCCCUCCCCAAAGAGCUCCAUCGCCUCCCGAUGGCGCCUCUACCACGGCGCCGAAGACUGGUCCGGCCUCCUCGAUCCCCUCGACGAGAACCUCCGCCGCGAGCUCCUCCGCUACGGCGACUUCGUCCAGGCGGCCUACCAUGCCUUUCACUCCCGCCCCGAGGCCUCCUCCCCCGCCCGCCACCGCCACCUCAUCCUCCCCGACCGCUCCUACCGCCCCACCAAGUCCCUCUUCGCCACCUCCUCUCUCAGCAUCCACCCCUGGGUCAACUCCUCCGCCCCAGCCCGGAUGACCCAGAGCUCCAGCUGGAUCGGCUACGUCGCUGUCUGCGACUCCGACCGCGAGAUCCGCCGCAUGGGCCGCCGCGACAUCGUCAUCGUCCUCCGCGGCACCGCCACGUGUCUCGAGUGGGCCGAGAACCUCCGCGCCUCCCUCGUCCCCAUGGAUUCCCCCGACGCCUCCUCCAGCGAAGUCGGACAGCACGUGCCGAAGGUAGCACGGGGGUUCUGGAGCCUCUACAAGACCGCCGGCGAGCAGGUGUCGAGCCUCUCGGCGUCGGUGGUGGAGGAGGUUCGCCGCCUCAUGGAGGUCUACAAGGGAGAGGAGCUCAGCAUCACGGUGACCGGGCACAGCCUCGGGGCGGCGCUGGCCUUCCUCGUCGCCGACGAGCUCAGCACGUGCGCCCCGAGCGUCCCGCCCAUCGCCGUGGUCUCCUUCGGCGGGCCGCGCGUCGGCAACCAGGCCUUCGCGGACCGGAUCGAGAAGCACCACGGGGUCAAGGCGCUCAGAAUAGUCAACGCCCACGACGUCAUCACGAAGGUUCCCGGACUGCCGCUGCCGCACCUGAGGGAGAAGUACGAGCACGUGGGGAGCGAACUGAGGAUAAACAGCAGGGACUCGCCGUACCUCCGGCCGGACGCCGGGCCGGCCUGCACCCACGACCUGGAGGCGUACCUCCACCUCGUGGACGGGUUCACGGGGACCGGGAGCCCCUUCCGGUCCAGCGCCAAGCGGAGCUUGGUUCGUUUGCUGGACCAGCAAAGGCGCAAUGUGAAGGAUGUCUACGUGAACCGGGCCCGGGAACUCGUGGUCGAUCCGACCGCUGCCGUCGUCCGGUCCAACCCGCAUGGUUGCCUGGCGAGCCCGACAACGUGACGUCGAGCUGGAUGACGAUGCGUGGCAACCAGCGACUUUUCUCAACUUGGUGAUAAAUUACUGAAUAUUAUAAACAAGGCCAGGUCGACCCAGAGGGACGACGGGCCCACGUUAACGUUUGUUGAUCAGUGUAUAUAAAACGCGGGAGCCCAGCAAGGCAUCAACGCGCCAAAAUUUUUUCCCUCAGCUGAUGUUUACGUAACUUCCCUUAUCAAAUUGCAUUGCGUGAAUAUGAAAUUGGUGAUUGACUAGCAGCCAUAAGCCUUUUUUUUU